AUGGCCAGACUCAACACAACGAACCCCAACGAGGGCGAGAUUCGAGACAGACCGAGAUCCGUCCGGAUGCUGGGACAGCGUGGCGUCCUUCAAAGCAGAUCUAGAGAGACGCCGUCCGCAUCAGACUUAAAGGGAGGUGAAGAGACACAAUGGACGGCGGACUGGCAGCCACAAAGAAAGAGCCGGCAUCAAAGGUCAGGGACAAUGUCCAGCGGCAUCUUUGACAUCUUUUCAGACAGCGAUGGCCUCAAUGACCGGGAAGAUAAUGACACUACGGGGCGGGGAAUGGCCCCCCUGGAUCUAACUCGUGCCAAUUCGCUCCUACGCCGGCCCUCACAGCGGUCGCGACACCGAACGAUCCGGAAGUCCGAAAACUAUAACUACGACAAGGAGAAUGACCCCGUAGAGAUAGAGGAGAGCGAAGAUGACACCCACACGCAAUCCUCCAUCUCCAGGAACCCGUCUGACGCGUCAACACGACGAUCCCCAGUCAGGAGCGCGCGCCAGACCCCGGCCAGAACCAGCAGUAACCGUCCAUUCUCGCAGUAUCGCCAACCGGAACCCCAGUCGGAGGACGAAGACAGUGGAGACAAUGGUUAUGAUUCUUUGGAUGACUUCAUUGUCAGUGACAACGAUGAACCCAGCUAUCACGAGACAUCCGACAAUGAGACGGAAGAAGAGGAAGAGAUACCUCCUCCUAAACCUAGAAGGAGGUUAAUGAGAGGAAGAAGACCCAAUCCUGAAGCCGAACUGAUGAAGGCUCUUCAACGUUCACACCACGAUGACCUUCGCCUGGAACCAUCUCUGCCAACUGCCAUUGCUCUACCAUCCCCAGUGCAUGAACGGACGUCCGCACGGCCACUUCAGCAGAACCUCUCUCUCUCCGGCAAGAUGAACCAACUGAGUUUAGGGAACAAUGGCCCUUCCUCGCAGCUCCAACAAGACCCAUUUGGGGUUGUAAGGGACUUCAAAUCAAACUCGCCAGAACUAGAACCUGGACUACUGGUUCUGGAAACACCACCGGGCAGUCCUACUAGGAACCGUCUUCCUUCGCCAUCCAAGGGGAAGACCGCUAUUCCUCCCACUCCAUAUCGCGAGAGCGUUGACGCUUUCUGGAGCCAGGAGCUCACCAACGACUGGAUCGACCGACACUCCCCACACAAAGUAGGCCGGCUCCUACAGGAGUUUGAGGACUCCGAGCAUGAAUUCGACCCAGAUGCCAUGCCCCGACGCCGGGUGGCAGUCAAAGAGCCCAAGACGCCGAGCAAAACAGCCCUGAAGAAAGCGGAGAUUGAGAAGCGGAAGGCUGCUGUGGCGCUCAGAAAGUCAUUCGACGACAAGAAGGCCGCCAUCGCGGAGCACUUCUUCAAAGCCCUAGACGAUGCCGUCACCGGCGGCCGAAUCCAAGAGAUCGCGCAACAGACGGGAGGUGUUCGUAUUACGUGGAGUAAAACGCUGCAGACCACCGCUGGUCGAGCCAGCUGGAAAUGGGAAGGAUCCAGGCCCACCAGGGAAAAGGGAUCACCAAACGGAUCCCCGAUGCAUUAUGCCGGCAUUGAACUUGCAGCACGCAUCAUCGACGACGAGGACCGGUUGAUCAACACCGUGGCCCACGAAUACUGUCAUCUGGCCAACUACAUGAUCUCCAACGUCACCGAUAACCCCCAUGGGACCAGCUUCAAGCUCUGGGGGCGCAAAUGCAAGGAAGCGUUGAAGGACCAUCCCGUCUACGGCGGACGCAUCGAGGUCACCACGAAACACAGCUACAAGAUCGACUGGAAGUACGUCUGGUGCUGUGUGGAUUGCGGCCAGAGCUACGGACGACACUCCAAGAGCAUCGAUACCACCAAAUGUCGAUGUGGGAAGUGCCAGGGGCUCUUGCAGCAGAUCAAACCGAAGCCACGGAAUAUGUCGCCGAAGAAGAAGCAACCGUUUGGCACGAUGGACGUGGGGACGACUGUAAAUUCUGGUUGA